AUGAAAGAAGGCAGGACUGGAGACGUCCGAGCCGUCAAGGUCCUGCAUAGGCCAACUGCAUCGAACGAGGGCAAAAUCAAAAUUGAUAUCGGGAGAGAACUCGAGGCCGUCGCUCGCUUCUCUCGGCCGGAAUACGCACGAUGGUUCGUUCGAUCGAGUGGUUGGUUCGAGAGCGACGAUGAUAUUUUCAUCGCCAUGGAACUCAUGCCUUAUGGAAAUCUACAGCAGUACAUUGGCCAGGGACUACCGGAGAAUGAAGUGAAGGUGCUCAUUGCCCAGGUGUUGAAAGGCUUGCAAUGUAUGCAUGCCGCCGGAUAUACUCACAGGGACCUCAAGCCUGCAAAUCUCCUGGUCGCGCAGAAAGGUCCAGCAUGGCAUGUGAAAAUAGCGGACUUUGGGCUAAGCAAAUCAGAGGAUCUCUCCUCACUCCAUACCAACUUCGGCACCUGGGGGUACGUCGCGCCGGAAGUGUUGGGAUUGCAGAUUGAUGAUGCAGAAGACGCAUCUCGUCCUUCAUAUACGAACGCCGUGGACAUAUGGGCCAUCGGGGUGAUCGCCUUCGUCCUCUUGACCGGCGGACUGCCUUUCCCAUCCCAGGACCACCGGCCUUUGGCCAGAUAUGUUCGGGGCCAGGCACCGUUUCCUGCCGAUGUGUUACGUGCGAAGAACAUCAGCGCGGCUGGGUGCGCAUUCGUUGAAAGCCUCAUGGCUCCGAACCCUCUCAUGCGACCAAGCGCCGAGUCAAGUGCUGACAAUGUUUGGCUC